CUUUCGACCAGUUAGUUGUACAACUCAUUAGCUGCGCGAAAAGUUAACUGUGCGACUAGUAGCUGAGCGACUAGUUAGUCGUGCGACUGGCUGUGCGAGAUUGAUUCUUUGAAAGCGCUCCAGUGCGCUUCCCAUAACUCCCGCCUUACAGCUGCCGCGUUGCGGGCCUGUCAGCGCUCCGGAGCGACGUGAACGACGGGGCCGAGGGGAGCAACCGGACCGACGGGAGCAACGGGAGCAAGGAGCAGCCGCGUUGAGCGAGUGCGUGCGUGGCGGUGGGAAUGGCCGCUGUGACGCUAGGUAGUCCGGCAGGCGUGGGGGGCAUGCAUCAAAUGCAGCAGCAACCGGUGCAGCAGUACCAGCAUAGGCAACAGCAACAGCAACAACAGGCCGCGCAGCAGCAGCAGAGCCAGGCGCAUCAGGCGCAGCAGCAGGCGCGCGCGCCGAAGCAGCUGGUGGUGGUGGUGGAGGGGACGGCGAGCCUGGGGUCGUCCUGGGCGCUGCUUAGGAAGCUGUACCUCGAUCCUCUGAUUAGGGCUUUCUGUGGCAUCGACACACUCUCUCAGAGAGCAGGAGCACCGCAGGUGGAGCUGGCUCUCGUUGUCUACCACUCGCACGGGCCUUUCUCAGCCUGUCUUCUGCACCAGACGUCCUUCACGCCAUCGCCCUCUGUCUUCCUCUCGUGGCUGGACACCCUCUCCUUCUCGGGGGGAGGCGCGGCGGAUGCUGCCGUGGCCGAGGGGCUCUCGGAGGCGCUCUUGAUGCUGUGCCCUUCGCCGGUGUCCACCACCCCUCCAGCGGGGCUGGAGCGCAGCAAGCACGUGGUGCUCGUGGCUGCCUCGCCCCCCCACCGCCUGCCCACCCCCGUCGUCAAGCCACCGCUGCCCUCCACUGCUGCUGCUGAUGGCACUGCGGCAGCAGCAGGGGCCCCUGCACCUGCUGCUGCCGGCAGUGCUGAUGCGUGGGAGGCCGCUGCGUGGUGGCUCGCUUCGGCCCACAUGGUGGCUUCGCUCUUCGCCCGCCCCCAGCUCUACGUGACUCUGUCUCUCAUCACUCCUCGCAACGUGCCUCAACUAAGGCAGCUAUACGUCACAGCAAAACGUAACCCACGGGCAGCGGAGCCGGUAGCGGAUGCAUCGCGGCACCACCCACACCACCUGGCUUUAAUAGCCGAGGGCUUUCUGGAGGCGCGCAGCGUGCUGCACCGGUCAGGGGCCAAUGAGGGCGCACCACGUGGGGUGCAGGCGGUAGGCCCUCCUGGUGCUGCUGCUGCUGCUGCUGGGGGUCACGGGGCAGUGGCAGCAGCAGGAACGCCUCAGUCAAUGGCUGCAGCAGCAGCAGGGCGCGUGCCACAGCCUGGAGUUCCCUUGGGCCAGCCUAAGCAGGAGCCCACCUACCCCGCAGCACCUCAGCAGCCCCCUGCCAAGCCGGCUACCCCCGCCCCCUCCCAGCCCAUGCGCGCCCAGCAACUCCCCUCCGCUGCUGCAGCAGGGGGAGGGGCACCCCUGGGCCCAGGGGGAGGCAUGCCUGGGGGGCAAGGGGUUGGGCCAGGUGUGGCUGCUGCUGGAACUGCCGGCCCUGCUGCUGCUGCUGCUGGUGCAACUGGUGCUGCAGGUGCUGCUGCUGCAGCUGUGGGUCUUAGCCCUGUGCCGUCGCUUCGCACCACGAGUCCGAGCCCGCAGUUCUUCCCCAACCCGCAGCAGAAACCACCACAGCCGUACCAGCAGCUGCUGCCGCAGCAGCAGCAGCAGCAGCAGCAGCAGACGGGUGUGGCUGUGCCUGCUGGGGUGAGGGUAGGGGGAGGCAUGGCAGCACAGCAGGCUGGGCCCAUGGGAAUGGGGCAGGGCGGAGGGGUCGCUGCGGCAGGGGCGCUACCAGGCGCUCCUGCUGUUUCCGCUGUUGCUGCUGCUGGUGGGGGCCCAGGGCGAGUGGCACUGGGUGGUGGUGCUGGGGUGGCAACAACAGCAGCAGUGCAACAGGCAGGAGUGCCCCUACAACCACAGCAGCAGCAGCAGCAGCAGCAGCAGCAGCCUCUCCAGAUGGUUAGUGGUCCAGGAGGCCGCAUGGUUCCCCGAGCCACACCUAUGGGCAUGGCAGCAGCAGCAGCAGCAGCAGCAGCAGCACCAGCAGCAGGUGUGGGUGCAGCCAUGCCCGCAGCUGCCCCCGGACCUCAGAUGGCCAGGCCCGGUAUGCCCGUACCUGUCGGAGGCCCCGGAGGGCCACCUGUAGGAAUGACAGGCAGAGGCGGACCAAGCUUGGCGGCUGCCCAGCCAGGAGCUGCCCCAAUGCUAGGAGCAGGCAGGGGUGCAGGUCCGGGAGUAGGUCCGGGAGUAGGCUCGGUAGCAGGAUACAUGGGCCGUGGAGGGCCGGUGGCAGCAGCAGACGUGGUGGGAGAGUCGCACGGUGGAGCAGCAGCAACAGGGCUUGGAGCGGUGGGUGCCGGAGGACAGAUGCCGAUGGGGCAGCGGCCUCCCUUGCAGCAGCAGCAGCAGCAGCAGCCGCAGCAGCAGAUGGGCGGCCCUUCCCAGCAGCAGCAGCAGUUCCAGCAGGGGCAGCGGCCACCGCAGCCACAGUUCCAGCAGGGGCAGGGGCAGGCGCCAGGAGGGCCAGGAGGGUCUGGAGGUCCAGGAGUGGCAGUGGGGAUGCAGCGGGUGGGUGUGGCGGCUCCAGGGCAGCCCGUGCCAGGCCAGCAAACCACCGCUCCAGGUGCUGCUGCCGCAGGGGCAGCAGCGGCAGCAGGGAGGGCAGCAGCAGGUGCAGCCGGCGCACCAGUUGCAGCAGGAGCAGCGGGGCCUGGGCCAGCCAUGGGUGCUCGUCCUGUGGGCCAGCCUCCUGGCGCUCCUGGCGCUCCUGCCCCUGCUGGCCCUGCUGCACCUGCAGCUGCUGCUGCCCCUGGUGGGCCUCAGCCUACUCCUGCUGCCCCUGCUGCUGGCGCCCCAGCUGCUGCUGCUGCUGCUGGUGCGGGGGGUGCGAGGCCGCCAGGGCAGCCACCGCGGUAUCUCAAGCUGUGGGAGGGUACUCUCAUGGGGCAGCGCAAGGACAAGUCCGUUGAGAUCUGCCGCAUGGAGGUGAGAUCUGCCGCAUGGAGGUGAGAUCUGCCGCAUGGAGGUGAGAUCUGCCGCGUGGAGGUGAGGUCUGCCGCAUGGAGGUGAGAUCUGCAGCAUGAAGGUGAGAUCUGCAGCAUGGAGGUGAGAUCUGCAGCAUGGAGGUGACAUCUGCCGCGUGGAGGUGACAUCUGCUGCGUGGAGGUGACACCUGCCGCGUGGAGGUGACAUCUGCCGCGUGGAGGUGACAUCUGCUGCAUGGAGGUGAGAGUGCGAAGAGCUGCCAUCAACGUGCCAAGAGCGCUGAACAAGUAGGAGUUGAGGGCGGAACCUGGAUAGGAGAAGAAAGAGAAGUGUGCGCCGUUGGCUAUGAGCAAGAGACGCAUGUGGGGAAGCCUUUGCACUCUCAACCCACAUGUGAGGUGGAACUCCCCAGUGCACUCAAGCUUUGCGCAAAUUUCUGUGUUACAACGUCUUUUGCAUUUUCUGUAGUUCCUGCAAAUUAUGCUCCUCCUCUGGGUUGUAACGUUUUAUCCUGGAGUUUUGCAAAAUGAAGACCCAAUUUUAGUGAUUUUGUAUAUCUACGCGCCUAUGUGUGCCUGUGAAUGUGUAAAUGUCAGGGUUACCACCAAGCAACAUCACCUCCCAAGUACGUGUCUCAGAGAACCUAGAAUCAUCCCCGUUAUCUCAAAACGCUCCUUUCUGUUGCGUCCCAUGCCUUGAUAGUGG